AGUUGCGAAGUCCCCUUAGUGCAACCCUGUGUUAUCGAAGCAAUGAAAUGUCAACAUUGACAUUCCCACAAAUACUUUUCCUUUCCGCUGUACUGUCAAAAACGGAGAUUAAGUAGCUUAAAAUGGCCAAGUCAAAGAAUCACACCAAUCACAACCAAAACAGGAAGGCGCAUCGUAAUGGCAUCAAGCGCCCAAUCCGCAAGCGUCAUGAAGCAACUCUGGGUAUGGAUGUCAAAUUCCUAAUCAACCAGCGUUAUGCGCGCAAAGGCAAUCUGUCCCGCGCUGAGGCCAACAAACGCUACGAAGAACGAGUAGCUGCUCAAGCUGGCAAACCAAAACCCAUUAAGCUAUAAAUAUUGCAAAAUAUCGAUGCGUCAGUGGGUUUUAAAAUGUGGGUGGCAUUAAAUUAAAUAAAAACACAACUUUAUACAAAA